AUGGACGGCAUCGACUCUUUGACCGUCUCCGAUCAGCUGCUUCCGCGUCGCUAUCAGGAGGAAAUCUUUGUCCGCGCCCAGGAGGGCAAUAUCAUUGCCGCCCUGGACACGGGCAGUGGAAAGACCUUUAUUAGCACGCUGCUCAUGAAAUGGAUCGCGUCGAAGCCUGCUGAGUCUUCUAAGAUUAUCAUCUUCCUUGUUCCGAAGGUUCCGCUCGUUGAACAGCAGGCGACAUUCAUCGAGCGCCAGACGCCGCUCCGCGUCGGACAGUGCUAUGGUGCCAACGCAUGGGAUCUCACAGAUCGAGGCGCAUGGAGAAGACAAUUCGCAGCGUCCGAUGUGAUUGUGAUGACAGCGCAGAUAUUCCUCAAUCUGAUUACUCAUUCGCAUUGGAGCAUGGACAGGGUUUCGUUGCUCGUCUUCGACGAGUGCCACCAUACACGAAAGAACCACGCGUAUAAUGGCAUCAUGCGCGAGUAUUUUCAAUGUCCGGGUCACCUCCGGCCCAAGAUCUUCGGCAUGACGGCAUCUCCGAUAUGGAAUCCGAAAGACGCAGCGACUUCAUUGGCAACGCUGGAAAAGAACAUGGAUGCGAAAGUCUUCGCAGUGCGCGAGCAUGAAAGCGAACUCCUCUCGAUUAUACCGAAGCCAAAAGAGGUAUUGGUUGAUUACCCACCCCCUCCCGAUAGCUAUCCGACUUAUCCGUCGCCGCUGCUUGCAAAUUCCAUCGAUCUGACUAUUCUCCCUCCUGCAAUGGAGCUUCCUCUUGACAAGAUUGAAACGCGCUACCAUAGUGCUCACCAGAUCCUAGGGCCUUUUGGCGCGGAAUACUACCUUUGGGCUGAAGUCAAGCAGAGGAUCGCCGCAUACAUGCUAUUGCAGAUGGAAGCCCGCCGCGACGAAAUUUUGGAGGACAUGACGAAUGCCAUGGCCUUGGACUCCCCGCCGAUCGAGACACAUCACAGCUCACCAUCUGCCGUUCUGUCCUCCACCAACGCUGUCCUCGAUAAAUUUGCCCCACUGCUCGGUGACGCAGAUUCAGUGGAUCCCGACGUCGUCCAGAUCGACAUCGACAUCGAGUGGUGUACGCCCCAAGUCGCAGCAUUAGCCGAGACGCUGAUCUCGCAUUACAAACCCACUUUUCAGGGGAUUGUCUUUGUCGAGCAGCGCCAUAUUGCUGUAGCGUUAGCGAGGCUUUUGGGCAGGUUACCGGAAUUGCGAGGGCGUGUUCGCUGCGCCGAUCUGGUAGGCCAUGGCGGCCAGACCACCGCAAAUCUCAAGGGCAUGGAAAUACAGGGACAGCAGGACGUAGUUAGAGCGUUUCGGAGAGGAGAAAUAAAUCUUCUGGUUGCCACGUCUGUUGCGGAGGAAGGUCUUGACUUUCCGGCUUGCGACCUCGUCAUCCGCUUCGACCCCCUGCAACACAUGGUUGGGUAUCUUCAAUCGCGCGGGCGGGCACGUCACCAUACAUCCACUUUCGUGAUAAUGGUCCCGCGAGGCUCCGAGCAACAUAUCAUGCGUUACCGGACAUUUGCCGACAGCGAGCCUCAAAUGAAGCAGAUAUAUCAAACUCAAAACGCGCUUGAACAGCUGUCCGCCGAGUCUGAUACAGAAGAAGGCGAAUGCGAGGAGCCGGAGCAUCCGGAAGACCUGGCAGAACGGGAACGCUAUGUGAUACCGUCCACGUUGGCCGUCUUGACCUACCACUCCGCGAUCGGUAUGCUGUCACACCUCUGCUCCUUGAUCCCCCGCGAUCGCUACACGCCCAUUCAUCAACCCAAGUACACCGGGGAAUUCCAAGUCACGCUGCAGCUGCCCUCUAGCCUCCCACUCCCCCCGGAAGAUCUCACCUUUGUAGGACCACUGAAGCGGUCUAAAAGGGAGGCGAAAUGUGCGGCGGCCUUCAUGGCCGUGCGCAAACUUCAUCAGUUGGGUGUUUUCGAUGACUAUUUGCUCCCGGUGCGUCGCUCCAACGAUACGGACGCUGAAGACCCCGAUGGUAUACCGAUUCCAGACAUCUCUGCGUACCCGGAUAUGUUGCGGGUCGCUGUUCAUGACCCUUGGGUGCUCGGCCCUAGACUCUGGAUGCACGUUCUUCGUGUGGAUGGAAGAGCUACUUCGGCGCUUGUCACUGGGACGUCUUUGCCGCCUGUUUCGUUUACGCACGCAGGGGCGCAUGUCCAGAUGUCAAGAGGCAAAGUCGUCGCUUUCGACAUGCCGAUGCAGCAGCGGGAGCUCAUGGAGGCGUUCACCUGGGUUGGGAUUCGAUGGUGUGUCACCUUAAGAGGCCCAAAACAACCCUUGAGCCAGUAUCUCGUUGCGCUUACCAAUGACCUACGUCCUGAUUGGGACACCAUGGAACGCGUUGUCAACCAUCCUUGGGGACACGGCGAUUGGACCGGUAUCUCGGAGGCAGAGUGGUCUGGCAUAUUAUGCAUGAACCAGAGGGAACAUGGUCGCGCACUGAUUUUGCAGCGAAUGCGUCACGAUAUUACCCCGCUGUCCACCCCUCCGCCGGGAUCCCGAGAGUCGACGCACCCAACCUACCGCGAAUACUUCUUGCACAAAUGGUCACGCAAAGGUAUUACGCUUGUCAUACCCGACGAUACACCGCUCGCGGAGGUAUGCAUGGUUACGCGUCGGACGAAUUCCUCAUAUCCUCUCCACCCAGCCGGCACCGAAUUCAGCCCGGAGCCCUUGUUCGCGGCUUCGAAAUCCAUGGUAGUCCCGUUUGCGUUCCUCCGGCGGCUUCAUAUGUCCGCGUAUCUAUGGCGGACCUUCCACCUUCUACCUCGACUGCUUCACCGUGUGACUGACUUAUACCGGGUGCAGCGAGCGAAGCAGGAGCUGGGGUUGCCGCCUAUACCCGAUGAUCUGCUCGUAGAGGCUUACACGUUACCGCACACCGGGGCCGGCUUCAGCAAUCAAAGGUUGGAAACGCUCGGGGACUCGGUACUCAAACUGUGUGUAAUUGUACACCUGCUCAACAGAUUCAGACGUCGGCACGAAGGCCAAUUGGACGCGCUUCGUCGAAACGCCGUUGCGAAUCGCACUUUGCUAGCACGCGCGCAUGCCAUAGGACUGGGAAGCUAUCUGACAUGCGAAACCAUGAGCGUUCGCACGUGGAGGCACGUCGUCCCCGAAGAACAGCACACCCCUUUCGACACUACCAGUGCACGUUUCGUCGCGAGGUCCAUUCCUCGACGCUGUCUCCAGGAUUGCAUGGAAGCUACACUUGGGGCAGCAUUCUUGGGCGGUGGGAUCCCCAUGGCAUUGCAGGCGGGUACCGUUCUAGGCAUGUCACUGGGCGGUCCGGUUCCCUGGAAUUUGCGAUAUGGUCGGAAACCCAUCGGUAAAACGCCCGCGGCUCUAUUUCACAGGGUCCAGGAGGCGCUCCAUUAUGACUUUCACAAUGGCGACCUUCUCAUCGAAGCUUCUACUCAUCCUUCUUUCGAGUCGGGAACCUUUGGGUCGUAUCAGCGACUUGAAUUUCUCGGGGACGCACUGAUUGAUCUAGUCGUGAUGCAAUAUCUAUAUAGGAAAUUCCCAGAGGGAACGCCUGGCCAAUUGUCCUGGGCACGUUCUCGAGCAGUGUGCUCUCAGACUAUGGCAUGGGUCGCGGUGACCCAAUUGGAGCUCAACAAGAUCAUGCUAGUGAACAACUCUGAGCUGAACAUAGCUUUGGCGAAGUACAUACCAAUUCUCGAGGACUUUUCGGCCGAAGAUAUCAUCGCAAAAAGCUGGAAAUUGGAUCCUCCUAAGGCUCUUAGCGACGUAUUGGAAAGUAUUAUGGGCGCCGUACUGUUGGACACUGCAUAUGACUACGAACGAUCCGAGGCUGUGGUGGAAUGGGUUAUGAGGGAUGUCUUGGAUGCUCUUACUCUUGACUUGCCUCCGGACCCCAUCUCGCAAUUGAUGAUAUCGACUGCCAAAGCCGGUUGCCGUAGAAUCAAUUUCAAGAAAACCCAAAGCAACCCUAAAGUCGACCGGAACGAUGGGAUCUCUGUCAUCGUCCAUGAUAUUCCGAUCUGUGGGCCGAUACCAGGCAGCAGCUUAUCGCUCUGCAAAGCCCUUGCCGCCGAGCAAGCUCUGGGUAUCCUGUUUGGUGAAGCACACGAACACAAUCUAGCCACCCUUUGUGACUGCAAGCACGCUAUGGUGGCGGGGCUCCGACCUGACGACGAAGACGAGAAGACCGACGAUGAGACACCAUCAGGUUUUGCUGCUGUAGCCCGCGAAAAGCUGCUGUCUUUGGAAAAGACGCGUCCCAACGCAGGAGAAAUGGAAGAAGGCGAAGUGGUCGAAUAA